AUGAACAACAAACUUAUAUAUCGUUCUGUUAGAUUUGCGACCCAUAACAGCCAGCUUUUACUGCCACCUUUAGUUCUCUACAGGAGAAUACUAAGGCAACAUAAGAUGCUACCUACCCCCCAGAGGGAAAUGGGUGAUCAAUACGUGCGAAGCGAGUUCAAGCUGCACAAAAAUAUCGAUAAUCCGUUGCAUAUAGUCGGUUUUCUAGCUUCCUGGCAGGAUUAUCUUAAUAUGAUUUCUAACGGUGGAUGGAAAGAUGCAACCCUAUCCUCGGAAACUCUUGAGAAACUGUCCCCUGAGCAAACAGUUCAACUUUAUGAAUUGAUGAAAGAAACGCAGAAACUUCACCAGGACAGUGAAACAGAGUCAAGUAAGGACGUGAAACGGAACAAAAAAGACUAG